UUUCUCUUCUUCUCUAGUGUUUAUCGUCUCUGCGUACUGACUGUGAGACUCAAAUCUCUUUGAUUUUAUACAAUCGGAAUAACUUGAAGCUCAAAUGGGAGAAGAAGAAGCAUAUUUGCAUCCGGAGACGGAUACGAAUAAGAGGAAGUUGGAAGAAAUCCAGCUCGCGAAGCAGAAAGCUCAGGAGAUUGUGGCUCGACUUGUGAAUGAUGCCGGAGCCAAGAGAACUCGCUUUGACGACUCAUCAGAGUCCUACUCCGGUGAUUUUCAAUCCAACUCUACAUUUUCGGACCUUGCCCCAAAGCCUUCUGUUCAGCUUUCAGUGAACGCACAGACAGGAACCAUUCCAUUUGCUGCACAGUCAGGUUCAUAUCAUGCUUUCCAAGGCACUAAUAAGAAAAUAGAGAUACCAAAUGGCAAGGUUGGAGUUAUCAUUGGGAAAGGAGGGGAUACAAUAAAGUAUCUUCAGCUUCAGUCAGGAGCUAGGAUCCAAGUAACCAAGGACACAGAAGCUGAUCCGUAUGCUCAGACAAGAGAGGUGGAAUUGUGUGGUACACCAGAGCAAAUUAGUAGGGCAGAACAAUUAAUAAAGGAUGUACUUGCAGAGACGGAUGCAGGGGGAUCUGGUUCAUCUGCAAAUCGUGGAUAUCCUAUGCAACAAGGAGGCGAGCAAGUUACAAUGAAAGUUCCGAAUGACAGGGUUGCUUUGAUCAUUGGUAAAGGUGGUGAAACCAUAAAGAACAUGCAAAGCAGGUCUGGAGCUCGUAUUCAGAUUAUACCGCUACAUCUUCCUCCGGGUGAUACUUCAACAGAAAGAACAGUAUAUAUAAAUGGAACUAAUGAACAAAUUGAGUCGGCCAAAGAAUCGAUCAAUGAACUAAUUAGCGGGAAUCGUGUUAGAAACACAUCAAUGUCAGGUGGUUAUGCGCAGCCGGGAUACCGACCGACUGGAAACUGGGUUCCACCGGGGCCACCUCCAAUGCAACAGCCUGGGUAUGGGUAUGCACAGCCUGGAACAUAUACUUCACCACCUCCACCCUACUAUGGCAGCUAUCCUCCACCGGGUCAAUGGGAUCAGUCAAGCUCAUCGACUGUGCCUCCACCACCUCAGCAAGCCACAGGGUACAAUUACUAUGGACAGCCUACCCAGACAGGAUCUGCUCCACCUGAUGUAAGCUAUGGGUAUGGUCAAAACUCUUCAGGUGCCAGCCAUGGCUAUGAUCAGGGUUACGCUCAGCAGACACAAACUUAUGGACAGGAUGCUACAACACAGGCCCCUCAAGAGGAUCAACAAAACCCUUAUGCAGCGCCAGGGUAUGGGCCGCCCUCUAUACCACCUCAAUUGGAUGGGACAACUCCAGCGCAGCCUUAUGGAACCCAGUCUUCAACUCAACCACUGUCUGCAUAUCCACCCCCUUACAGUCAGCCACCGACACAUCAACCUGGGUAUGGGACUCAGAGCUACCCUGGGCCCCCGACGCAUCAACCUGAGUAUGAUCAGACAGGUUUUACCCAGUCGGGGUAUGGAGCACAGCAACCAGCUCCACUCCCACCACCAGCUCAUAGUCAACUGCCUACUUCACAACCUGCUUAUGGUCAAGCUGCGUAUCCUCAACAACCAGUCCCACUGCAGUCCAGUUAUGUUCAGGGUACAAAUACUCCUGCUUAUGGGCAGUCACAGCCUCACCUAGCAACCCAUGGGUAUUCGCAGCAGGUGGCUUAUGGAGUGGAAAGAAAUGCAGAGGGAAAUACUGCUGCUCCAAGUUAUGGCUCUGCACCUGUGGCACAGGAACUGGCUCGUCCUCAAAGCUGAAGGUAUGAUGGGCCCAGCUCUAUUGCUUUAGCUUUUAAGGCAUCUUCUAGAACUUUAAAAAUAGCAUUUUUGCUGGAAUGCCUAUGUAUGCUAAUGUGACACUUGUUUUACUUUAUUUUACUUGAAGCAAACUAUGGAUGGGAAACAGAGGUUCUAGAAUAGUUGGAACUUCUAUUACAAAUCCUGUUCCAAAGUACAGCUUUCCGCCACAGAAAUUGGUUAGAAUUGGCGUUUGAGUUUGAUUGGGAGUAGUUUUUAGAUGUUGAAUUGCUCAUUUGAACACCAAGGCAGGUGGGGAUUGGCUGUGAAGGUUAAUGUUGGGGUGAUUUGCUUGAAGUUCUUUAGCUUCAAUGGAUAGAUAAAACAUUGUGGCUGCAU